GAACACACAGACAUAUUUUUCUGUGUUUUGAAAAUGCGAAGCAGGCUUUUCAUGACUUCUUACAGACUACACAUGCACCACAACUAAAAGCUCUUCAGCAGUUUCCAGUGGUAGGUUGCGAUGGACCAAGACUCACACUACACAGCAGAAGGGGAACUGUUGGAAGCUGUAAGCAGUAUUACUACAUUUUCUACCACAAGUCCAUCUGAUGAAGAACAAAUUCAACCCAAAGCUGAAAUUUCAUGUCAAGUGAGAAAGGAAAACCCAGGAAAAUGUGACCUACAAGAUUCCAAUGCAUCUCCAAGUCCCAACUCCUUGAUGACCACUAAGGAGCUUCAGGAAUACUGGAGGAAUGAAAAACGCCAGUGCAGACAAGUCAAACUCCUUUUUGAAAUCCCAUCAACCAGAAUUGUAGAGCACCACUUAUCUAAAUAUGUGCUGUAUAAAAUCAUCAUUUUGCAAACAGGGAGUUUUGACAGCAACAAGUCUGUCAUUGAACGGCGUUACUCAGAUUUUGAGAAACUGCACAGAAAUCUGCUGGAGGAGUUUAGUGAAGAAAUGGAAGAUGUGACCUUUCCCAAAAAAACUCUAACAGGGAAUUUCACAGAAGAAAUAAUCAAUGAGAGAAAAUUAGCCUUCAAGGACUACCUGAGACUCCUAUAUUCUAUGAAAUAUAUCCAAAGAUCAAAAAAAUUUAUUGACUUUUUAACAAGGCCCGAACUUCAGGAAGCAUAUGGUUGCCUGCGGGGUGGCCAGUACACCAAAGCUCUGGAAAUCCUUUUAGAAGUCAUUGGUCUGCAGGAAAGGCUGACAAGAGGCAACCCUCUCUCAAUUGUCCCUACUCUCUGUGCUAUCGUGGUGUGCCACAAGGACCUGGAAAACCCAGCGAGUGCUUUUGAAUAUGGAGAAAAAGCUCUUUCACGCCUUCAUGUGCAUACCAGCCACAGGUAUUAUAUUCCAUUGUUAGAAACAAUGAUCACUUUGGCAUAUGAACUUGGCAAGGAUUUUCUGUCUUUGCAAGAAAAACUGGAAGAAUGGAAGGCAAAAAAAGAUCCCAUACGAGUUUUUACCCUGAAAGAACUUGCAGUUCGGGAGUAUGUACAAUGAAGACAAGAAACAAUUUCAUUAAAGAGCAAAGCUGUCAGCAACUUUUCCCAAACACAAACUCUUGAAGGAGUAAGAACUGGAAAUUAACUAUUCGGCUAACAUAACUUUAUAUUAAUAGAAAAAAAUUAAAUAUCUCCCAUGUGCAAAAGGGACAUUAACAUUUAUGUUGGAAAAUAUUAUAUUUACUCUACCAUAUGAGGAGCACCUAAGCUUAUUAAAGUUUUUAGAAAGACAUUUGCAACAAAAAAUUUCAUUUACGAUUUGCUUAUUUUGAACAUAGCCUAUUUUGUGUGAAAAGUCAGAGUAGGAAAAUAGAAUGAAUUAAGCACUUAAGAAUCUGCAGAAUCAGAGGAAUUGCUUGCUCAUAUGGAAAUUACUUGCUUUCAAGAAAUAUCUUCUCAGUCAUUGCAAUCUAAAGGAUGCAUCUUCAGACACUGAAUGUAGUUUUUUACUCACCCAGCUGAAGCCUGGUCAAACAGCACUUUUCCAUUUCUGAGAAUGAUGGGAUUGGUCCUGUUCCCACUGAAGUCAACUGCUGUGGGCAGGAGGACCUGGGAAGAAGGUUUCCAAUCAACUUUGGUAGGAGCAAAAUAUACAACCAAUGAUCAUUCCAUCAGAGAUGAAGGAAUAUACUUUAUUUCCCUUUUGUAGCUGAUGGAGUUUUAUGACUUGCAUUGAAGGCACGUUCUUGUUUGGGGUGAUCUUUCAAGUACAGCUCUGAAAGGGUAGAAAAUUCAUACCACGUGGACUAUAUACAUAAUGGAAAGGAACCACAGAAGGGUGCUGUUGGGGAGAACAUCUGGCUAAUAUAAUGCUUGCAUUUAAUUCUGAUUAACAAGCUGUGAGACACAUGGUUAACAGACAGUCUGUGUUAAGCAUAUGCUUCCCUGUUGCCUUUGAGAGAUUUAUGUAGAUUGGGUGUGGCCUUACUUUUACAGCCUGGUACACCAUGCAAAUACCAUCUUGGUGGCAUUGCGAUAUUAUAGCUAAUCCUGUAUAUCUGUAUACUUGUACUCCACGUGCAGAUACUACGUGCACCACAAUGACACUGUCUAUAAAUAAGGAAUAACUGUAUUAACUUACCUCCCAGACACAUAAAAGAAUCAGCUAAUUGAAAGUGUGCUGAACCUGAAAAACAUUGCUGUGCAUUCUUACAAGAAGGAUGGCUUGGAAAAAAUACAGAAUAAUAGGAGUGUCUAGGGUGUAAAGUUAGUAUUUUAAAUAGCUAUUAACAGCUAGGCAUGUGUGGAUUAUUUGUUAUUUGACAAUUAUUACUUUUUCUAGUUAUACCAGAAGUAAGAGAAUUAAGAGUAGUUAAUUAAGAAAUUUAAGAACUAAUCUUCCCACAACAUAUCAUAUUGCAGGACAGUUAAAAUGGAUCAAAGGUAGCACCUCCUUAGAGGAUCAUUUCUGAAUCAGUAACAAAGUGGCAAAGAAAAAAGCAUGUCUGGGGUCUGCAUCACACUCAGGUGACUUGAAGUUAAGGCAGAAAGGAAGCACAGCCAUCAUGCUGCUCUAUCUCCACAGCAGUUUGUGGUGAAAGACCGAAAGAAUAGGGAAAAAUAAUUUCCCCCCGUUUCCUCCCUCCUGUCAUUGUGUGCACAGCUGCCUUGGAUUCUCCUCAGGUUCCUGUGGGACUGUGCAUGAGUAGCUAAUUGUGUCCACAGACCCUCACCUUACAGCGGACUACGAGAUUAGAAGGUCCGUAAGUAGAUGCUGUCUAGCAAGGACAAGCGUCAGGAAAGCAGCACAUCAGCAAGAUCUAUCUUAACCUUUACUGUGGUACUGCUCUAACUGUCCAUCUCUGAAGGAUUAACUGAUCCAAAGCUAACCAAUUUUUGUUGGCACAUUAUGAAUAUGAGGUGCAAUUUGGCUAAGGAAAAAAUUGCAUAAUUCAAAAGGCACUAAAAUAAACAGUGCCAAAACCUCCCACUGUUUUGUUGGUGUAAGCCAAAUUCCUUCUGAGAAUGCUUUUCUAUAUAAUGUGCUAGCAGAGUUCUGUCAACAAAAUGGUCCUAGAAUUGGUCACUUUGUCCCUAUCCACCAGAAAGCAAAGGUCAGUCUCCUUGUGUUAUGGGGGGAAAUGUACUAAAUAAAUACAGAAAUGGUGGGAAGAAAGAACAAUGUGUCUGUUGGAUAAUUCCCACACACCGAACUUCUUUGAUGGAGAGCCUUUUCAGUGGGGUAUCUGUGGCAAUUAGACAGCCACAACAUCUUCAGAGCUACCCAGGAAGAACAGAUCUGCCUCACUCAAAGGGCUGAUUUCAACCUCAGCUGCACUGAGACUUCCAAUCAAGCCACUUCAUGUAUGAAUCCACAGAGCCUACAGCAUGUGUCAUCAAAGGGUCAAGCGUAGCUUUCAUAAAAUCAAUUUGUGACUUCAUUACUAUUAGAAUACAACAAAAUUAAACCACACACACACACACCCCCCAACAAUUCAACCUCCCCCAAGCAAAUCAGGGAUGUAUUCCCUUCCUACAAAUGCAGAGCCUGUGACCUUUGAAUUGAUUAAUCUCUUCAGAGAUGACAUUGAAAAUCUUUGGACAGAGAAAGCUAGCACAGUAAUGGCAAUGAAUGAGGACCUACAGGGCCUGGAUUUUAACUGGAGCUCUGCCACAGACUUGGUCUGAACUUUGCACAAGUAACUUAACCUCUGUGCCCCUAUUUCCUCACCCAGUACUUCCCCAGUAAAGUUUCCUCAUUCAGGUUUUCAGUACUCACUGAACAGAAAAGCUGUGAAAAUUGACCAAGUUAACUCCAACAUUUAACUCAGAAAUGUGCACUGGGAUGGAGGCAGCUUUGGUUUAUACAAGCCUAUUUAAUUUCUUGAAGAUACCUUGAAAUGCAAGAGA